GUUGAUUUCUUCUGGAUAAAUCGUGACCAGGCAUCUUUUGAGUGGUUUAUCAGUCUGCUGGCUCAGUUGGAGAUGGAACAGUCAGAACAACGAGGUGUGUUCAGUGAGCAUUUCCUAGACAUGCAUAUUUAUAUGACAUCGGCUCUAAAGAAGGAAGAUAUCAAAGCACUCGGACUACAAAUGGCUCUGGAACUGAUACAUGAGAAGAAAGAAAAGGAUCUAAUAACUGGAUUGAAAACGAAAACAAAUCCUGGACGUCCGGACUGGGAUAAG